UGAGAAGAAAGACAAAGAUCCAACGAGCUUACACACUGAACUCGGGUUGCGUGCGAUCCGUUCUCCAGUCUUUGAACACUCUGUGUUAGUGUUCCUUCAGUGGCCAAAAAAAUCAAAAUACCCUCUCGAAUUAAAGCCAAGGUAAAGCAAAAUUCCUUCUUCAACUUUCUCUGCAACUCCGAAAAGCUCCUUCUUCUUUUUUCUUCAUCUUGACCCCCAAGAUUUUUCCCUUCUUCCAUUUCCAUUUCCCUUUCCAUUCACUCGUCUCGUUUUCUUUUCCAAUCACCACAAUGCCCAUCAAUAGCGAAUCUACGCCGCCCCCUUUGAUCGGAAAAAUUGGGCCCUAUACCGUCUUCAUGACCCCACCGGCCACUCCUUCGCCGGCUUCUCAGCCGCAGCCGGUGUUUGAGUCUCCUAAGAAGGUCAUUCAGCCGCCUCCGGUUCAGCCUCCGCCUCACCAGUUCGAUAAGUCUGUUUCUGUUGCUGCUUCCCCUAAUGGGAAUGCGUCCGUCUCUGGAUUCUUUAGAAAUGCGGUCUCUAAAGUGCAGAAUGCACAUUCAAGCUUGGAUGACCAUUUGGCACGCUGGUUCGGGUUAAAUCAAUCUAAGUACCAGUGGGCACUAGAUGAUUAUUACGAGAGCAAGGGAAUGGAAAAUGGGGACAUGAAAGCAAAGGAACCAUCGAGCAAAGCCCAGAGCGUGUAACAGAAUCAAACUUGUUGUAUGUUUGUAGGAUACUCCCCAUCUUUGGACAGUAGAGAAACUAUUUAUACCUAUCUAUGCAUUGGCUGGAAGUGGGUCUGAUUAUUUAUACAAUGCCUGAUGAAGUGGCCAGCUCUUGGAAUGUGAUUCCAUCUACCUUAUACAAAAAUCGACAGAAUUUGGUCGUGUUGUAGUUGUAAGCCAUGUAAUGUUAUGUACCGUCAUCGUCUUCAUUUCUCCCCUCAUUGAUCUCUCUUUUGUUCUUUUGAAGCUGAACCUUUGGCUUAUGUAUUUUGAGCUACCUUUUCGGUUUAUUUGUGCCAUUAUAGUGAAGGUAAUGUUUGAAGGCAAUAUUUGGUUCCAACCAUCCAAGUCAUUUGAGAUUUCAUCAAAUGUGCCAUUAUAAUGAAGGUAAUCCUACAAGCUUGUCUUAACAUUUCUUAAAUGGUAAGAUGUACUUUUAACUAA